AUGGAAGGAUAUACAGAAAUUUUUGCGUGGGGAGUGGAUCAUUUUGGACAGCUUGGGCUGGGUGGAAAGCUUAAUGGGAAAACUUACACAGUGCCAAGGUUUUGUAGCUUUAAUGUGACAAUAAAAGAUAUUUCUUGUGGAGAAGAGCAUAGUGCUUUUGUGUCUGCAGCCGGGCAUGUUUAUUGUAUGGGCAGCAAUAGUGAAGGACGGCUUGGAAAUGGAGAUAAAGCAAUGAGGCAGACUUCAGCACCUUGCCUGGUCGAAAGGCUGACGAAUUAUAAAGCUGCUAAAAUAUCAUGUGGAUGGGGGCAUACUGUAGUGGUGACAGAACAAGGGCUGGCGUUUGCGUGGGGUGUUGGAGAGUUUGGAGCACUUGGGAAUGGAAGUAAUGAAACUCAGUGAUUGCCUGUAAGAAUGGAUAUUCCUGAGAAUAUAAAAAUUGUACAGGUAAGCUGUGGAUCAAGACACACAGCUUUAGUUGCAGAUGAUGGAUAUAGGAGAAUAUUGCUUACUUGUGGAGCUGGUGAGGCUGGACAGUUAGGAACUGGAAGAAGGGAAAAAGAAUUAGUGCCAGUUUGUAUUCAAACUAAUGAAGAUGUCAUGUACGCAGCUGCAUAUCUUUUCCUUAAGGAUAAACCUCUAGCAGAGGUCAAAAAUAAUGGUUUUGCUAGGCAAAAUAUCUGAAGAGAUUAAUGCUUCGACUAAAUAAUGUCAAGGAAAUAUAUAGGGAAAAUCACGACCAAAGGCAUGCUACGAAAUACGCAGCUUCAGGAGUUUAUCAUACUCUUUUUAUUACAGUCAGUGGAAGUGCUUAUGCAAUGGGUGGCAAUUCUUUUGGACAGCUGGGGACAGGUGAUAAAAAAAGCUAUAAUAAGCCGGAAAAAAUAAAAUAUUUUGAAAAUAUUUAUAUUGAAAAAGUAAGUGCAGGACAACACUCAGCUGCGCUAAGUGAUAAAGGAAAUUUAUAUGUGUGAGGAACAGGAGCAUUUGGAGAAUAUUUAUUGCCACAAAGAUUUAAUAGCAGCAGCGGGCCUAUAAGAGAUGUAGCUAUUGGAGGAAAUUUUGGAGCUGCAUUGGAUUGUGCAAAUAAUUUAUUUGUGUGGGGUACUAAUAUAGCCGAUUGAAUUAAUAAGGUUUUAUUAUUUUUUUAAAUGGCAUUAUGAUUGUACUAGUUCUUCUUUAUCAUCAAAAAUAUCUUUUCUAAUAUUUAAUAUGAUUUAUACAUAAAAAUGGUGCCGACAGACCACACAGCUUCCUGAUCCUUUUUCUUCAAAGGCAAGCAGGCAAUGUUCCAGUGUAAAAGAGAUGGGCAGAAAUAGGCGGCAAUCCUUUGUAUAUCGGGCUAGGUUUUACUCUCAGGCCCUAGGAGCUGAUCUCUAGGACUUUGAGUUCUGCCUCCGAGAUCAUCGUUUGAAAGGGCACGACCAGUAAAAGCCCCGAGAAGGCUCAAGAGGUGACAUCUGUCUAAUGAGAAACUGGGAGUUCGACCCAGUUAUGUCCAUAGGCUCAGAAGUCAUGGAAGUCAACAUGUUAUGUGCGAAUCUCUUGUCUACGGCGGCGAGAAAGGGUGUCUGUCAGGGUCCCUCAGAGACGAUGAGCAUUUGGGGGUGGAAAUCCCUGGCUUCUAAGACAAACGGUUUACUUAAUCUUAGUCUUAAAAUUUAAUAUGAUUAGUAUACUAAUGGAGAGCUGGGUCUUGGAGACUCAGAGCCAAGGACAAGUUUGACUCCCGUUUUAGCAUUAAAAGACAAGCAAGUCAGAUUUAUUGCAUGUGGCGGUGGAUUUUGUAUCAGUCUUGGCAAUGACAUAAAUUCACCAUAUAGAUCAACCAAAAUUAAAGCAUCAAGAUCACGAGCAAUAACUCCUCUUAAGUGGCAAGAUCCUUCCCAACACAUCGAGAAUCGAGAAAUUAAGCGCGAUGUCUCCUUAACUAGAAAUCCAAGAUCUUUUGAUAUUACCAACGAAAGAAACCAAGAAAUCAUGCCAAGGUUUUCCUUGAUAGAAGAUGAAAGGCAAAAUCUGAUAAAUCGGCCAAGAAGUGUGCUUGGUAACAGGAAUUCUAUUGAAGAAAACCUUCACCGAAACAGAGCAGUAUCACCUUAUUCCUUACAAGGAUUGUCUGAAAAUCAGUACGAUCAAGAUACAACCGAAAUCUUAAAGCAAGACAGAAUAAGUAUAACAAGAAACAUAAAACAGCAAAAUUUAUCAACAGACACACAUUUGUUUCCUCAAGAGCGCAUAACCCCUGACAGAUCAAGAUCACCAGUAAUUGGCAUAAAAGAAAGAGAUUAUGACAUAGAAAUCGAAUCCAACAAUAAGAGAAAUGAAAAAUUAAUAAAAACUGUAGAAUCUGAGUUCAAUGCAAAACAAAGAAAAUUAGAAGCACAACUUAAAGAUCUUGAAUAUAAGCUUGAAAAUAAAUGCAAAGAUAAUGAUCGGCUUCUGCAUGAGCUUAAACAGUUAUCAUCACAAUACCAGGAGUCGAAAAUAGAAAAGGAGAAGCUAGAGAUAUCUUUUAGAGACGAGCACACAAAAAAUGAGAGGCUUGAAAUAGAAUUUCAAGAAGUAACAGAAAAAUUUUAUAAAGCAAAAGGGGAUCUUGAGCAGGUUCAAGCAAGAAAUAAAGUGCUAGCAAGAGAAAUCCAAUCAUUUGAGUCUCAACAGAUUUCGCAGAUUAAAGCAAAUGAAUAUAAAGACUCAGAAUUUGAAAAACUAGCAAAUCGAAAUAGGCAACUUGAAAUAAAUACCCAAGAUGCCAAUAUUGAAAUUGAAAGGCUUUCAGAUAAGCUGAAUACAGAGCUAAACCAUAAAGAAAGGUUAGAAGUGAAAGUUCAAGAAUACGGAAAUCAAUUGAUGAGAAUGAGAGACGACUUAGACUACUCGAUUUCGAAAAACAAAGAGCUUGAAUUCCAAAAGCAAAGUCUUGCUGAUGAAAAUAUAAGUAUUAAAAAUUCGAUUGAAGGCUUAAAAAUGCAGCAUAACAAAGAAAAAGAAGGCUACAUAAGUCAAAUUAAUGAAGAAAGAUAUAAAAGAGAUCAGUUUCAAAGGAUAGCAGAAGAUGAAAAAGCUAAGAGAGCCCACAUGGAGCAAAUUAUUGAAGAAAAUAAAUUCCGAAUAAUCAAUCUACAGCGGCAAAUUGAUGAAGAAAACUUCAAAAGAAACCAAACAUCUAAGCAGUUUGAAGACGAAAUGUUCAAAAGAAAUCAAGUAGAAAGACAAAUUAGUGAAGAAAGCUUCAGAAAUACUCAAUUAGCAAAGCAGCUUGAAGAAGAAAAAAUAAAAAGAAAGCAGCUAGAACAAACAAUAGAUGAAGAGAGAUCUAAAAGGCUCCAAAUAGAAAACAAUCUUCAAUAUAUAUAUGAGGAGAAAAGAAAGACUGACGAUUUAUUAAAACAAGCCCAAUCUCAACUUGACAAUACCUCUACCAAAUUAUCACAGGUCGCAAACAGAUAUGAAUCUGAAAAGAACACUUGGUCAUUUUCUGCUGACAAAACAACUAAAGAAUUUUCAGAUUUAAAAUCAGAUUUAGAAAGGCUAAAAAGAGAAUGCUCAGAUCUCAAGCUAUUCAUAGAUCAGCUUACUAAAGAAAAAUUCAAUUUACAGUCAGAGCUUGAUAAAAAAUCAAGAGAAAACCUUGAUCUAAAAGCUGAUCUUGACAAUAUUUCAUAUGAGCAUGGCAAAGCCAAACAAUUUAUAUCAGAAAACCAAUCUCUUACAGAAGAAAGCAUCGCUUCCUACGAGCAAGAAAACCGGUACCUCAAACAAAGCAUAAACGACAUGAAAUACGAAAUUGAAAAACUAGGCCAGCAAAUAUCAGAGCAGCUUGAAGUCAUUGAAAUUGCCACAAAAACAGGUGAAGAAUGGGAAGAAAAGCACAAUAAAUUACAAAAUGAUAACAAAGAUCUCCAGCGUGAACUCUCAGAACUUGAAGCAAAAAAUAGACAUUUAUUUGAAAGUCUAGAAAAAGAGCUAUCACUGAGGGCGAAGGAAUAUAAAGAAAGGACGCUAUCAAUGCUGAGUACACCUCUAAGAAGUACUCAGGCAUCUCCAUUUAUAAGCAAACCUUCAAUAAUGGUUUCUACAUCUCCUUAUGAGUCUUUUGGAUUGUCAACUCCUAUAAAUAAAAAGACCUCUCCAGAGCAACAAGAAAGGCUAGGAAAUGCUGCCGCAAUCCUACUGGAAACUUUAGAAGCAGAGUCUCCUAUAAACACAAGAGGAAAUUCACCAGCAAGAAGCACUUUAUCACCUCUUAGAGGUGGAAACACAAUGCCAACAAAAAUUAUCAGCACAACUUCUCCAAAGCAAGAUUUAAACACUAGGGUCAGUUUACUCAUGCAGAGCCGAGCUCGCUUACGAGAGCUUGAAAGCGCUAAAAAUUUUUAA